AAUCCCCUAGCAAUGAGAGAUGAAUGUUAAAUUUCAUAAUUUUGUAUAAACAAGUCAAUUACGUAAAUUAUUAAGAAUUCUAAAGCUUCCGAAAGCGUAUCUACUGAAAUUUCAUCAGUUCACAAACUAUUUAUGUGUUUUCAAGAAGAACUCGGAUAGUUGACACAGAAAGAUCCACCCGGCUUUUCCCUCGUGUUUGGCACUGUCAAAUUUUGUAAAAAAUGGCGGACCCAGGUUACAAGAGCCGUAUCCAAAACUUCAAGAACAAAGGCAAAGAUCAAGAUGAGAUGCGGAGGAGGAGAAACGAGGUCACGAUCGAACUUAGAAAAAACAAACGUGAAGAAACUCUUCAAAAACGGCGUAAUGUUCCAAUUGUUGACACCACUGAUGAGGAUGACAACGAAAAAUCUUUAUCAAAUACCAAUCUGGAACAGUUACUCGCUGAAGCUGCUUCAGACGACAACCCACCAAUUCAAUUAAUGGCUGUACAAUCGGCGAGGAAAUUACUUUCUUCUGAUAGAAAUCCCCCAAUAGAUGCUCUAAUAGCAAGUGGAAUUCUCCCUAUUUUAGUAAGAUGUUUAGAGAGGCAGGACAAUCCAUCGUUACAAUUUGAGGCAGCGUGGGCAUUGACCAACAUAGCUUCAGGCACCUCUGCCCAGACUAACAAAGUCGUAACGGCGGGAGCAGUGCCUCUAUUUUUAAUGCUUUUGCAUUCUCCGCAUCAAAAUGUGUGUGAACAAGCGGUUUGGGCACUGGGCAACAUCAUAGGUGAUGGGCCUAAUCUCAGAGACUAUGUUAUUGAAUUGGGCAUUGUUGAUCCAUUACUAUCAUUUAUCAAACCAGAAAUACCUAUUUCUUUCUUGAGAAAUGUAACUUGGGUUAUUGUAAAUCUCUGUAGGAAUAAGGACCCUCCUCCGCCAAUGCACACUAUAGAGGAGCUGUUGCCUGCCCUUAAUGCACUUAUUCAUCAUACUGAUAUCAAUAUUUUGGUAGACACGGUAUGGGCUUUGAGUUACCUCACUGACGGAGGCAAUGAACAAAUCCAAAUGGUGAUCGACAACGGUAUCGUUCCGAAAUUAAUUCCUUUACUCAGUCACAAGGAGGUGAAAGUGCAAACGGCAGCUUUGCGUGCUGUUGGGAACAUAGUAACUGGUACAGAUGAUCAGACGCAGGUUGUUCUGAACUGUGACGCUCUAUCCCACUUCCCUGCUCUCCUGUCCCACCCCAAAGAUAAGAUAUGCAAAGAGGCUGUGUGGUUCCUUUCGAAUAUAACGGCAGGAAAUCAGACGCAAGUUCAGGCAGUUAUUGAUGCAGGUUGUGCUUGAUGGUAUCAACAAUUUGCUCAAGAUGGCAGGUCCUCAGGUCGAUCAGCUGUGCACUAUGAUUGAGGAGUGCAACGGUUUGGAUAAAAUUGAAGCAUUGCAAAACCAUGACAACAUCGACAUUUAUAGAUUGGCCUAUGAUAUCAUAGAACAGUACUUCAGUGGAGAUGCGGAAGAUGAUCCGAAUAUAGCUCCGACAGCAGGAGAAAGCGGAUUCACAUUCGAUCCCAAUACCAACCUACCAAAUGAUGGUUUCAAAUUUUGAUCCUUCUAUUUAGAUAAUUACUCAAAGUAAUUACAACUGUUAGCGAAGAGGGGCUGCUUCCUUACUUAUAUCAAACGACAUGUAUGUACGUUCAUUUUAAGUUCAUGUAAAUAUUAUAUUUUUUUAUAUAUGUAAGACGGUUACAAAAUCAAUGUACACAGGUAGGAUCACGAGUCGUGAGUUGAAGGUUUCAAAAACGCUCACGCCUCUUAAAUUCAUCCUAUAUGCUUGUAGGAUAUUUAUUUAAUUUGAAUUGAUAUUUAGUUGUAUGUAUGUGUACAUUGGGGGAGUUAUGAAAUAUCGCCAGGUUAUGUAAUUUUUCGUGAUUCAUUUCUUUUUUUAUGGCUAGUGAGACUACUUACAUAUUGGUUGAUUGAUCUGAUUUUUGGCAGAGAAAACAAAUACAGGAACCACGCUCUUUGUGCACUUCGCCUUUUUGAAAAUGUUGAUUUGUUGCAACUUGAAUUAUCUGUGAUCGCUUGUCUGAGAUUCAGAUUAGUUUCAAUUUAGCGCUGAGCUCAUAGUUGAAACUCAUUUGAAAAUGUUAUAGAGUAAUUUUUUGAACGAUUUCAUUUUUUGAGGUGAAUUCCACGUGUUGACUUAAUCAAGAAGAAGAUUGAAACCAGUUGACAACACAAAAACUGAAUUGAAAACAUGGUCUUGGUCGAAUAACGAUCCACAAAGCCUCUAACUUUCUUUUUUUAUUGGCUUUUCAAAAUAAUAAUGGGUGCAAUAAACAACGGAAAAUGAGAUAUAAGAAAAUUGAAAGAUCUUUACUGGUUCAAAUAUA